UCAUUCUAUAAGAAUGUCUGUCAGUGUCGAGUGCGCAUUGCUUUUCGUCAAAACAGAAGCUUUUCCGUGGUACGGUGGUUAGAUAUUAGACCACCACUCAAGAAAUUUAACCGUAUAGAAGCAGUCAAUGCUUAAUAUAUUUUCUCCGGUGAUGUCAACUGAUUUUUUCUGCGAUCUUUCGAAUAAAUAUUGAGGUGCCAUUUGGAAGAUUUUGUGCUGAUGAAUCAUGGCUGAAGAUUGGAAAUCUCCUGCAUUCAGGAAUCGCAGUGUGCAACAGAUUGCUGAACUGAUCCGUGCUACUCCAACCCCAUCUAAUAAAAAUGCUGGUGAUAUCGAGAGUCAAAUCUUUUCGCGAUCCAAAUCCAAGACUGAAUACCAGAGUAUGCUCAGCCGCCUUGUGUCCCACCUGAAAGAACAGGCAGCUCCAUCCAGUCAAAGUCAUCCUCACUUAGCUGCCAUGUUGACGGGUCAGCCUCCUCCUAACCUCCAGGGCCAGAUGGGUCAAGCUAAUCAACAGAUGCCCAUGUCUGCUCAGAUGGGGCAGCAGCAGCAACAGAUGGGAGGACAGGGACCAACUGGUCAGAUGGGUGGACAACAAAUGGGACAAGUUGGUCAGAUGACCAAUUCAAUGGGUCAGGGAAACCCACAGAUGGCUCAGGGUCAAAUGGUUGGUCACAUUUCACAAGGGAUGGGUAACAUGGGUGGGCUGGGGCAGUCUAUGGGUAUGGGUGGAGUUACUCUUAACCACAAUCAGGCAAUGGGCAUGAAUGGCCAGGGAAGUCCAAUGGGUGUUGGUAGCAAUCAAAUGGGUGUGAGUGGUGGGUCAGGUGGCCAGAUGAAUGUUAGUGGCAACCAGACAGUCCAAAUGAACAUAGCAGGUAGUCAAGGCGGCCAGAUGAAUAUUGGUGGAAGCCAUGGUGGGCCAAUGAGCAUGAACAGAAUGGCACCAGGCACUCAAGUUCUCAACCAGAUGAACAUGGUCGGGCAAACAGCCCAAAAUAUGGGCAUGGUUGGAGGUCAGGUACUCACUAACAGCAACCCUGCAAUGAUGGGCUCCAACCAAGGACUGGUGUCGUCAAGAAUGACUUCGGGCAUCGGGAUGGGAAGCCUCGGGAACGACAUGUCGUGGCAGGGACCCAACACGCACAUGGGCAUGGCUGGCAUGAAGAAUAACAUGCAAGUAAAUAUGGCGGGCAAGAUGCGCCCUAUACAGCAGAUGCCAAUGGGGGUACAAAAUGUGCCGGGGCAACUGGGCGGACAGAAUGUUAAUACACAGCUCGGGAAUGUAGGCAUGGGUCGAGGUGUAUCUGUCUCGGGGAACACAGCCACCAUGCAGCCUCGGAUACCCUCUCCGAAUUACUCUGGAACUCCGAGCGUUGGGAUGCAAAGACAGGGUAUACCCGGAUCUCCGGGCAUGGCCCCGAGCAACCAGCAGCAGUCGCAGCAGAUGAUGGGUGGUCAGCAGCCCUCGCCUGCCUUCAUAUCUCCCUCGCCGUCUGCCACGAUGAUCCCCAGUCCUGUGAGCAGUGGUGGACGAACCAGCAUGAUGGGCGCACCGUCUCCUGGCAGUAACAUGGUUAAUACCCCUGGUCAGCCUCUGCAGCCCUCACCUGCCUCCGCCACUCCGGGAGAAGAUAAAGCUUACUUUGAGAAGAUUCAGCAACUGCAGAAGUAUGUGAAGCCUUUGAAAGAGGUUAUAGCUAACUCCGGUCGGGAAGAAGGGCAGAGCAAUGAAAUCUACAAAAUGAAGAAAUUGCUCGAUCAUUUAACGAAUCCUAUGCGAAGAGUUUCCACAGAAACACUGGAGAAGUGCGAGAAAGUUUUGGAAAAGAUGUUGCAGAAGGAGAGUGCUGUUGAGGUGAUCAUGGACGGUGUGAGAGCUGCUCUUAAAGCGCCGAACUCAGCAAGUAUUUUUCAUCGUACAAUCGCCCCUGCUCUAGAGAAGCUCACAGGAUGUAGCAUUCCCAUGCCCCCUUCACCCAAACGUCGCAAAAUAGAGGAACCUACUGAAGAAUCGACAGCUCCAAAAAUUAGCUAUAUCAUUCAGGGUGAAAUAGCGCGCCUAUCUCCACGAUUUAAGGUCAACUUGGACAGUCACCAACCAGCAUGCAGCGACGAUUUGUCCCUCACGUGUCACCUGGACGACACAAACCUGCCCUGCGUCCCUCCACUGACCCUCACUAUCCCCGAAAAAUACCCAGACCUUCCGCCCGUAGCCACACUCCUCCACCAGGAAUAUUCAUCCACGGACUUCCUGAAGCUCGUGCAAAGCUUGUUUCUUCGACGCCAGAAGCACCUUCCUCUCACUACCUCCAUCACCAUGCUGCUCGACACCUGGGAGAUGAGCAUCAGACAAGCCUGCUCACCCAACGCUGCCAAAAAUCCUGAGGCUGUCUCACCCAUCACGGCCAUCAUGCAGCUCAUGCAUGAAAGUAAUCAGUGAUAGCGUCGCCUCAUCGGAUCUUUAUUACUACUGCGUUUAUAAUCCAUCACAGAUCUGAACUAUCAUGAACGGACGUUAUCAGCUCAUAUUACAUGUACAUAAGGAUUUUAACAUCGCGGUAAAUAAACACAUAUAGAAUUAAAUCGUGUAUAUAUGCCAACUUUUUAUUGCAUUCCAAACAAAUCGGCAUAUAUGAGGCUCUGGUAAUCUAAUGUUUUUUUUAAGAUUUACGUUGCCACGAACACAAUAGUCGAGGAACUAGUAUGCCAUUGUCAUCAUCACCAUGAACUGAAUUGCAAAUAUAUUUCAAGUUAUGUCAAGAUAGAGGAUACUGAAAUAAAUUUCCAGGUAUCUUGUUGCGUCUAUGACCUUAGAGACUAGACUGUGUUAUGAGAUAUUAUGUUAGGUUUGUUGAUAAUGGAUACUUAUGGAUAAAAAUGCAGCUCAGGUGAUUUCUCUAAGCGUAAAACAGUAAAAGUGGAAGUGCAGAAUAGCAUAUUUUUUGUUCGAACGAUGCAAUCUUUUGUAGCUGCUGUUUAAUUACAGAAAGAUCAUGAAACCUCAA